AAACUGCUUACUGACCAAAAUUUAGCUCAGCUCAUCCCUUCAUCCAUCUCUGGUUUCACUCAAAAAAGUAAUGUUUCUCCGAGUUUUAUGAAUUAAAUUUCACUUGCAAUUCAAAACUCACAUUCUAGUAAAUAAAAAGUGCAGUUGUAUAUAAUUAAUCAUUCAUUGAUAUAAUUAUUAAAAUGGCCUUGAAGCGCAUAAAAAAGGAAUUGGAAGAUUUAAAAAGAGAUCCUCCGGCUCAAUGUUCAGCUGGCCCAGUUGGAGAUGAUCUUUUUCACUGGCAGGCGACUAUUAUGGGCCCACCAGAUAGUCCAUACCAAGGCGGUGUUUUCUUUCUUACAAUCCAUUUCCCACCCGACUAUCCCUUUAAACCGCCAAAAGUAGCUUUCACUACUAGGAUUUACCAUCCCAAUAUCAACAGUAAUGGAAGUAUUUGCUUGGACAUUUUGCGGUCGCAGUGGUCACCCGCCUUAACUAUAUCGAAAGUUCUGUUGUCGAUCUGUUCUUUGUUAUGUGAUCCGAAUCCUGACGAUCCAUUAGUACCCGAAAUAGCUCGCAUCUACAAGACUGACAGAGAAAAGUACAAUGAACUUGCUAAAGAAUGGAGUCGGAAAUAUGCUAUGUGAGAGCAUCAGUUUUGAACAAUAAACUUAUUACAAUUUUCUAUGUUUUGAUGGUUUUAAAAAUCUUUCUAACUUUGUUGUUCCAAACUCAAUAUGAUCACAGAACUACAAUAAUUAAAUUAUAAUCAUACUUUAAUCCCAAACUUUUAUUGUUUUUUUGCUUGUUUACAAUGUGAUUGUUUUGCCAAAGAAUAAAUGUGCCAGGGGAUAGAUCUAGGCGAUGGUUUCCUAAUUUAGUGGAUGUUAUUUGAAUGAGUGUGAAGGCCAAGAAAAUCAGUGCGAAGAAGGGCCUAGAUUUGUCCAAAAUCAGUGCCAUUUUAAAUUGCUUUUUUUUUUCUUCCUUAUUUCUGAUUAAAACUAUCCAUUCUGGCUGUGACUUUAAAGUAAUCAGUGAUGCAAUCCUCAAAAAAAAUUUAUCAUUGAGAAUUAUUAGGUUUCUUCAUUAUUAAAAUAUCUAAAUAUUCAAAAACACCCGUUUAUGAUUUAUUAUGUUGUGUCUCUCGUGAUUAGAAGAUCUAUAAUAUAUUUUUUACUUUUUUGAACUAGUAGUUUUUAAUCAUUUUAGUACAUGAUAGAAAUUUUUUUUAUUAAAUAAAAUAAAUGUGUUAAAGGAUCAAAAAUUGAAGUUGUUGGAAAAUUUUUAUUUUAUUAAAAUUUGUAAUCUGACACUUUUUUUCUAUGUUUGGUUUCAUGAAAAUAACAUGUUUCGAUGUCCAAAUGUUUUUUUUUAUAAUAUCACUGUCACCUCUAUAUUCUGUAGAUUUUUGUAUUUUUAUUUAUACGAGCCAGAAAUUUUUAAUCUUUUGUAGUAAACUAUUAAAGUUUGUAUUGUAAAUUACAAAAAUAAGCAAAUUUUUAAAAACUAAAAAAAGAAAAUUAAAUGAUUUAGAAUUUUCUGUCUUUUUCACUAUUUAAAAAUAAAAAUUCCUGUGUAUAAUUUAUUGCAUUAUUUUAACUACUAAAUACUCUACUGCAUGUAUUUCUAUGCUUUUUUUGCUAAUAAUUAUUCUAUCACUUGAAUGUAUUAUUAAAAAAAUUUCAAAAACAUAAUCUGCUUUUAUUAUAAAUAUUUUUACUGUUAAGAAUCUACAGUUGUUUUUAAGUGAUGAUGUUAAUUUAUACACAAUAAGCUUCAGUUGUAAACAAGUAAUUCAUGGCUGUAAACAGAUUUUGAAGAGACAUUUUUUCAGUUCUUGAAAAUUAUCUGUUAGAUAAAUUUAAUAAAAAGUUUUAAGUAA